AUGACUGAAAUAGCAUCUACCCCUCAGACUGGCGUCAAGUCACCACCGGCUGCAGAUACCAUGACUGAACCCGGAGCUAAUGAGAACGGCACUGCUGACAACAUUCCCUCCCAAGAGACGCUGGGUGCUACUCCUGCCACGCUUGCUACAUCUGCAAACCGUGGAAAGGGUAUGUCGACAACUCGAUCCCAUGUCAAUUACAAGUUCGACCCUGCUACUGAGAACGAGAUUCGUGAUCUGAUGCAAAAUGCACGUAAUGUUGACAAGACCCAUCACUUCAAAUCGGACAAAGACACGACAAAGCUGGCCCAUCUAGCCACCAACUUGAUUCAGCUAUUGAAUGCAGAGUACAUUGCCAAAGAUAUCAUUGUCCGAGCCGUUGCUUACAUGCAAGGCGAGAGUCAAGUCCCACCACACCGUGCUCUCACACAGGCUCACCGUGAUCGCAAAGCGGAACGUCGAAACACUCACAGCGGCCAGAAACCUCAUAACAUCACCAACGGGAACAGUCGUGUUCGUGCUACCAGUGAGGGUAUCAAGGGGGCUUUGGGCAAUAGCAAGGUUGAAUCGUCCACAUCUGCAACUCCUCAAAAGGCGGACGUCAAUGCCAAGGCGGUAGACUCACCUUCACAGUCAAGCUCAAAUGGCGAGUCCCCUGGCAAUGCCACAGGCUCCGAGAAGGAAAACACCUCCCCAGCAAGUGCCCAUGUGACGUCGAACAAGCUUCCCAAGAAAAGCUACUGGAAGAAUCGACGUGAAGCCAAGAAAAGAGCAGUGUCUCACAAUGCUGGCGUGGCUGGACACAAUGAGAGUGGCAGUACCAACAGCAAAGCCGAACCGAAGGACGCUGCUACCAGUCAAGCUACACAUAACGGAUCGGUCGUUGUUGAGGCUAAGGACACCACUGCUAGCAAAGGUCAUCCAGAAACAGCCGUCAAGCAAGGCUAAGACGCCAUGCUCCAGGUUGAAAAGGAGGCGAGUGCUGCUUCCCAAGCCUAAAGGCUCAUAUGAUCAUCAUAUGCUAUCACAAGCAUCAAAGAAUGAGACAGUACGCAAGGUGUGUGAGAUUAUGCUUGCAGCGAUGGAGGGAAUGGAGUUUCACAUUGCAGUUGGCGGAAUCCAAG